AUGUACUGCGAAGGUUUCCACUCUUCCUCAUGCGUGCAUAAAAUACCCCACUCCAUGGGAAAGAUCUGUCUAUCUGAGGCAGCCAACAAGCCGAACAACCCAUUAAGGCCAUCCAGUACUCAAGAAAUCGGAGGCGCGGCAUACAGGUCAACAACAGCCCCCAAGAAGGAUAUCGGAGACAAUAAGGCUCCAAAGACUAGAGAACCGUUCUCAUGCCAUAACGACCGCGACCGAGAGAUCUGUUCCCUCAGACCAUACCGGUUGAAACCGUGGCUCUCCAGCACAAAUCCACUCCUCACACCCCUUCGUCGUUUACAUCCAUGCUUACCCAUAGUUGGACUGACCGUCGUUGAUACAGAGACCAAGGCCCUUCUAAGAAGGGACUCUCAUAAUUUAGUACUGCUCACACAUGAUGUCUCGACGCGUUGGCUGGAAACACCAAACCUUCGUCAAAUUCGGUUUUUGAUCGUACAAAUCGUGUGGCGAUCGGAUAGAGGAUCACGCCCUCCAUUUUAUUGGGAUGUGAUCAACUGUGGUCCUCGAACAGGACAAGAACCCUCAAUAGUCUUACAAUUUGGAAUGCAUAUUUUACUAACGAAGAUGGGAUACCUAGUUUCAAAGAAACCCAAAGUUGGGAACAAUUAUGCCUUCCAAGUUUCUCAACCACUUCCAGAUGACGAGGACCAAUGGUAA